GACCAUCUAUACCAACGUCUCCAAGAUUGUCCACAUGCCAUCAUGCAUCCAUACAGGCAGACGCUCACACACGCUCACAGCCAUUCAUUCCCACAGAAAGUGUCGUGUCCCUCACUUCUUGCCUCUUCCUCCUCCAUUCAAGAAAGCUAGCAUGCUCGACUGCCCUGCGAUGUGCUUCUCCCUCCCCUUGAUGCCACCCCCAACCCCAAUACCCGCACCACCCCUGCCCUUCGCCUUGCCGUGCUGCCCCUUGCCCCCAAUAUCCUUGAUCACCGCCUUGCCCCCAACCACCUUGCCCCGCCCCUUCUUGCUCCCCUCCGGCGUGUCAUCAUCUAUGACGAUCUCCACUCGCUCCGGCUGCGGGACUGGGCGAGACGCAGCAGCACCAUCAGCACCAGCACCAUCACCAGCAUUGCCAUCUGCUGGGGUGACCGGCACCUGUCUGUGCGGCUUCGGCUGGGCAUCUUGUGGGGCAGGGGCAGCUGCCUUUGGGGCUUUGGGCAUCACAGGUGGGCGGGGAGGGUGCUGUCCCGGUGGCUGUGGCUGUGGGUCGGCAGCUGCUGCAGCAGCAGCGCCCGGGGCGUGUGGCUCCGGCUCGCCCACCUCAUCCCGACGGCCAUUGACUAGCGUCUCACCAGCCGGGCCCGUCGGCAGGAUGGGGCGCUCUACGGGAACGAUGCGGGGAGGGGCGGGUCUGAGAGGCGGGCGAGCGGGGGCUGGCCUGUCGUCCAUGUUGGACUGUUGCCGGCUGAGUGGGAAGACCUUCCCCGCUCCCGGCACCCUCCGAUCGUCCUUGGCCUACGUCCAACCAUCCCUCCAUCCAUCCAGACAAGAUUUCCAGGCAGGUCCUUCACGUGCGGUUUUGUUUCCUUCUCACCUUUUUCUUCGGCGGCCGCAGGAUCGCAUCGCCAAAAAUAUCCUCCUCCUCCUCCUCCCCGACCCCACCAUCGUCACCGUCAGCAGGCCGCUUCUGUUGGCCCGACGCGUCGGAAGCCGCAGCGGCAGCGGCAGCGGCACCAGCAUCCGUCGCCGCCUUGAGCUUCUGCCUUGCUUCACGCAGCAACUUCUUGAGCCGCUUGUUCUCGUUGAUGGCCGCCCCCUCCUUCGUCUGCGCCCUCUCUACCUCUCUGCAAAGCAAAAAGGCGAAGGGAAAUGCGAAAAGGGGGUGGCGGCUUGACAUGUGGUCUGACUUUUCUAGCCUUUCCGCUCGUUCGUUGGCCGUCUGCUGCGCCUGGCCGGCUUCGUCGCGCUCUCUCUCUACCCGCUUCACUUUGCUGAAGAGACCAAUCAACAGACGCACAAAGGUGGCUGGAGUGAUAUACGGUCAUGAGAAGUUGGCCGACCAUCUGUUGUCCUGCACAAGCGACAUGACAACGAGACACGUGCGGCGUGUGUUGGCAUGGGACUCUCCUUUGCUAUGUGACCUUUUCUUUGGUCAUGAGGCCCCUGAGCAAGGCCUGUAGGUCACCCUGAUGGCCAGACACACGCAGUAAAGAGCCGCAGUGGAGCACGCACCGAGUGUGUCAUUGUCGUACUCACAUUGUACUGCUUGACAGCGGCAUAGUACUGCUGCUCAUUGGUACUGGUCUCGUAUCUGAGAGAGGAGGACAACACAAGACAUACAGGGCACGGGGCCGUUGAAGUUCCUCUGGGUCACAUACACACGUACAUUUCGGCCCGCUUGGCCCUGUCCUUCCAUUCGAUGAGCUCGGUCUCCGCCUCGAGAAGCCUGGUCGUGGCGUGAGCCUUCUCCCCAUAGAGCUCCCGGCUGCAGCCCAAGACAUCAAGAAGCCAACAGACAGGUGUCACGUGCCUGGGAUGACCGGGAGGAUGUCGUUGUCGUGCCUACUUCUGGUCGACGAGUUUUUGUUUAUCCUUCUGCAAAUUACUCAGCAGCUUCUGAGAAACACAUACGCACAAACCAACACGCCAAAGUGUACUCACGCGGAAGUUCCAAGAGUGGAUUUGUCCCUUGCGUGUUCUCACCUCCCGGCUGUGGAGCUUCUGUGCGGCGGCCUCCACUUCCUUCUGUGCCGCCGCCUUCUCCUUCCCCAACGCCCCCACUCGCUUUUGCAGCCGCUCGUUCUCAGCCUACACCCACACACCGAAGGCACACCGCAGCGCACCAGAUGCUUAAUAAGGCGGCUGCCCCUGAAUCCGCCAUCCAUCGCAGUCUCUCACCUCAAGUUCCUCUAUGCGUUCGUCGUCCUCCUCGCCACUGCUAUCCCCGCCCUUUGCAGCCGGCUGCGCCGACUCUGCCGGGGCCGCACGAGGCUUGCGACGCUUCAUGUCUGCACAUCCACACACCCAUCCACACACAACACACAGAUGUUCAUCCGGCGAGGUGAAAGUGGUCUGAGAUGAUGAAUGAUACACUUGGUUCAUUCAUUCUCCCGUGUGUGCGCACCGUAUUCGAUGUGUACUCUGAAGGGCUGCAGCGGUUUGCGGCAGCCGGGGCACGUCGGGUGCUGCCGCUGCGACUCCCAGUUGUGCAAACUGCCAUAUCCAACGUUCCCACGGCGAUGAAGACAGAAAGAACAUGUAUGGACGCAUUUCAUUCCAAUGAAAGACAGGCGUACCAGUUGCGAUGAAAGACAUGCCCACACUCGGGAUUCGCCGCAUACUGCAGAGAGAGAGAGAGAUGGAGCGAAGAGGUGGCACUGCAAUGAGGGCGGCGGCUGCAUCGACUGGUUGCCCACUUACCGGCGGGUUGUCAUCGUCGCCAAGGAGUGCCUCGUAGCAGAUGGUGCACCGUGCCUUGGCCAUCG